AUGCACAUCAAGCAAAUCAUCAUCCAAGGCUUCAAGUCGUACAAAGACCAGACUGUCAUUGAGCCCUUCUCGCCCGGCCACAAUGUCAUCGUCGGCCGCAAUGGAUCCGGAAAGAGCAACUUCUUCGCCGCCAUUCGAUUCGUCCUCAGCGACAAAUACACUCAAUUAGGUCGGGAAGACCGCCAGGGACUGCUCCACGAAGGCGCCGGGUCGGCGGUGAUGAGCGCAUACGUAGAAAUCAUCUUCGACAACAGCGAUGACCGUUUCCCCACCGGCACUCCCGAGGUCGUCCUUCGCCGCACCAUUGGACAGAAGAAAGACGAGUACAGUCUCAACCGUAAGAAUACGACCAAGCAGGAAGUGCUCAACAUUCUGGAGAGUGCAGGGUUCAGCAGGAGUAAUCCCUACUAUAUCGUGCCGCAAGGAAGAGUGACGGCCAUCACCAAUAUGAAGGAUCCUGAGCGUUUGUCUAUGCUCAAGACGGUCGCUGGUACCGAGGUGUAUGAAGGCAAGAGGACAGAGUCGAGAAAGAUCAUGGAAGAGACCAACUUCAAACGCGAGAAGAUUGAUGAUUUGCUGGAGACCAUCCGCGGACGUCUGUCUGAGCUGGAAGAGGAAAAGGAAGAGCUUCGCGAAUACCAAGAUAGGGACCGUGAACGCAAGUGCUUGGAGUACACUAUUCACCACCGYGAUCAGGAGCAGCUAGAGGGCCACCUUGAACGCAUCGAUGGCGAGCGCGAACAGGGCGCCGAGGAUAACGAUGAGCACCGCGAAGCUCUGAAGGAAGGCGAGAGGCAGCUGGAGGCAAUCGAUGUUCAAAUCACCGCACUGAGGCAACAAAUCAAACUGCUUGUCGAGGAAAAAGUGCAGUACAAGGAAGACCGGACGGAGACAUCUCGAGCACUCGCUCAGGCAGAGUCGGACGUUUCCAGCAUGGAAGACAACCAGUCAGCCGCCCAACAAGCCCAGACACAGCGAAACACUGAACUGAAAGAGGUUCAGAAUCUCAUCAAGCAGCGUGAGGCGGAGCUCGCUCAGCUGCUACCCAAGUUCAAGGCAAAGUCCGAGCAAGAAAAGGGUCUCAAGCAGCAAGUUCAGGACGCAGAAGCCACACGACAGCGACUACUAGCCAAGCAAGGCCGUCACACUCAAUUUCGCACGAAGAAGGAGCGAGAUGACUGGCUUCGGAGAGAGAUUGGUGAUUGUCACAACAGUCUCGCAACGCGCAAAGCAGUCGCGAUGCAAAUCAAGGAAGACAUCACUGAGCUUCAAGAGCAGAUCGAACAGCUUGAAGCUGAUAUCAAGGAUCUGCGACAUCGAAUGGAACAUCGUGGCGACGAGCAGCAGAACAUCUCCGGCGAGAUCCAGAAGACAAAAGAWGAGCAGGAACGCUUGAUGGAUCAGCGGAAAGAAUUGUGGCGUGAGGAGGCAAAGCUUGACUCCGUCAUCGCCAACGCCAGGCAGGAGCUCGACAAGGCCGAAAGACUGCUCGGCCAGAUGAUGGAUGCUAACACCUCCCGUGGUCUGGCUGCUGUGCAGCGUAUUGUUGAGCGAGAUGGUAUUCGGGGUGCCCACGGUCCGAUUGGCGAUCUUAUCGAGUGUAGAGACUCGUACAAGACUGCUGUUGAAGUUACCGCGGGAGCGUCCCUGUUCCACUACGUGGUGGACGACGACGAAAUCGCAGAGCAUCUCAUCAAAGCACUCCAAGCAGAGAAGAGUGGCCGUGUCACCUUUGUCCCGCUCAACCGCGUCAAGGCAAGGCAGAUCGAAAUGCCCAAAGCGAGCGAUGCGGUGCCUCUGCUCAGCAAGAUCAAGUUCGACGCAAUCUUCGAAAAGGCAAUGCAGCAAGUGUUUGGCAGGACUAUUGUCUGCCCCAACCUUCAGGUCGCAGCACAAUACGCUCGUAGUCAUUCUGUGAAUGCCAUCACACCAGAUGGUGAUCGCUCAGAUCAAAAGGGUGCCUUGACAGGUGGCUACCACGAUGCACGCAAUUCUCGUCUGGAUGGCAUGCUUCGUGCAAAAGCUGCGCGAAAGCAGUUUGAAKGCACCAAGGGACGGAAAGAUGAGAUCACCCGGGAACUGCAACAGAUCGAUCAAAGGGUCAACAAGGUGAAGACCGAGCUGCAAAAGCUUGAUAUCAAGCGCGAUCAGAUGAGCAGUGGCUACAUGCCAAUGCGGGAGGAGGUCAGAAGAAAGGAGACUGAGCUUAACACCCGACAGGACGAGGUUGCCGGCAAGCAAGUUAAUUAUGACAAUCUUGCGGCGUUGCUGAACGAUAUCAACAACCAACUAUCUGGCUUCGAAUCCGAGCUGGCAGCAGAUUUUAAGAAAGUACUCAGCGCACAGGAGGAACGUCAGCUGGAGCAAGUAGGAUCGGAACUGCCUGACCUCAAGAAGCAAUACACCGAGAUCAGCAACGAGCUUUCAGAGAUGAGCGGAGAAAAGCAGAUCGUCGAGGAUAUGCUCAAGAUCAACCUGCGACCGCGGCUUGAUCAAUUACGAUCUUCUGAUGAUGACAUGCCCACGGCUAGUGUUGGGAACAGCUCCCAAUUGAAGGAACGCAAAUCGGAUGCCAAGCGUGCUAGCAAGCGGCUGCAAAGCAUAGAWGCCAAGAUCAAGGAGAUUGAUGAAUCCAUCGAGAAAUCCCAGGCAGAGCUCGACGCAGCAGAAGCCAGUCGCGCAAACAAGCAAACCGAAGUCGCAAAGCUAGAGCAGUCCAUGCGCAAUCACCAGAAGAGUGUCGAGAAGGGCGCUCAGCGUCGUGCAGGAUACGCUUCACGUCUGCAGGAAGUACAGCUCCAGAUCCGUAACCUGGGCAUCAUCCCCGACGCUGCCUACACUGCAACAUACAAGAACAUGAACCCAACGACCGCCACCACAAAACUGCACAAAUGUCAAGAGGCUUUGAAGAAGUAUGGGCAUGUAAACAAGAAAGCCUUUGAACAGUACCAACAAUUCGAACGUCAGCGCGCGGAUCUUGAGCAACGUCGGAAGGAUCUCGAUGGCAGUGAUGCCAGUAUUCGAGAACUCAUCGACGUGCUUGACAUGCGAAAGGACGAAGCGAUUGAACGUACCUUCAAACAAGUCAGCAAGGCUUUCGCAGAAGUCUUCGUCAAACUCGUGCCUGCGGGCAAGGGAAGACUCAUCAUCCAGCGUCGCAGCGAUAGAGACGCCGCGGCAGCAAAGGGUGAUGACGAAAGCGAUGGAGACGAAGAUGCGGCUGCCCGGGCACGAUCCAGUGUGGAAAAUUACACCGGCGUUGGUAUCUCAGUCAGCUUCAACAGCAAACACGACGAACAGCAACGCAUCCAACAACUCUCCGGCGGACAAAAGAGUUUGUGUGCUUUGGCCCUCGUCUUUGCGAUCCAGAAGUCUGAUCCUGCACCUUUCUAUCUCUUCGAUGAGAUUGAUGCCAACCUCGACGCUCAAUACCGAACCGCCGUUGCGAAGCUGCUGGAGGAGAGCAGUCGGGAAGACCCAGUUACGGGCGAUCGAGCACAGUUUAUUUGCACGACGUUUAGACCCGAGAUGGUGCUUGUUGCGGAGAAGUGUUAUGGUGUUAGUUAUCUGCAAAAGGCGAGUACUUGUGAUGUUGUCAGCAGGACGCAGGCGUUGGAUUUCGUGGAGGGGCAGAUCAGUGGGAAGUAG